UUCAGACAUACUCUGCUAUUCCUUCUCUCUCUGCCUCUUCUGCUUUUUCCCAAGGACCCGACCCAUUUCAAGUGAGCAUCUCUAGAAUCGUAAUGGCCACCGCCGGCGACGUUUUAAGGCGAAAUGUGCCGGAAAGUUUCGAUCUUUCUGAGAAGGAGCUUCAUGUUCUGGCUGUGGAUGAUAGCAUCAUAGACAGGAAGGUCAUUGAGAAGCUACUUAAGAUUUCUUGCUGUAAAGUGACUGCUGUUGAUAGUGGAACAAGAGCUCUGCAGUAUCUGGGCUUGGAUGGAGAGAAGAAGAGCUCAGUUGGUUUUGAUGCUAUGAAGGUGAAUCUAAUAAUAACAGACUACUCAAUGCCUGGGAUGACAGGAUAUGAGCUGCUGAAAAAGAUCAAGGAAUCAUCAGCUUUCAGAGAAGUUCCAGUGGUGAUCAUGUCUUCAGAGAACAUUGUCACUCGUAUUGAUAGAUGUUUGGAGGAAGGAGCUGAAGAAUUUAUAGUAAAGCCGGUAAAACUUUCAGAUGUGAACCGCUUGAAAAAUUUCAUGAUGGGAGGAGAAAGAAAAGAAAAUGGACUGAAGAAGGUUCAGAAAAGACCGCUUCAAGUUGACUACAACAACGCAGCAUCGCCACCCUCACCUUUACCACCCUUGCCUUUACCACAACUGUCGUCAUCAUUUGCUUGUAACCUAGAAUCACUUCACUCAUCACCUUCUUCAUCACCAUCAUCUCCUCUACCCAGAUGCUCCUCAAAGAGACCUAGAUUGCACAGCAUCGAUUGAUAUUGUCUGCCAUUAGUGAAUUUUGUAACUCAGAGUCCCCUUUUUCCAAUUUUUGAGAUUCCCAUGUAUGUUUGUUACCACUUCCCACCAUGUAAAUUCUAACAUGAAACUUUCAUUGGGACUUGGGAAAAGUAGGGUAAAACGGUAUAAAAGUCUAGGAUUAAAGUUCUUUUGGGGAUUUCUCUUUUUGCUGAUGUUGCAUAUGGAAUCACAUUAAAACGUCAAUGAAAUCCCAAAUAGUUGGGAAUAUUUUGUGGCC